AUGGGUGAGGAGGCCGAUACCCAGGGGUGGGAUGUAUCCGUCAAGGAGUGGCUCGUUGAUACCGGCAGGGUCUAUGCAGGCGGCGUAGCCAGCAUUGCAGAUGGCUGCCGCAUGUUCGGUGCCGCCAUCGACAACGAUGAAAGCCCCUGGAGUCAGCUGGUGAAGAGCGGCUACCAAAUAGAGGUUCUGCAAGAGGACGGAUCUUCUACCCAGGUAGUGUAUGCAUACACAUAUGGCUGCCGCAUGUUCGGUGCCGCCAUCGACAACGAUGAAAGCCCAUGGAGUCAGCUGGUGAAGAGCGGCUACCAAAUAGAGGUUCUGCAAGAGGACGGAUCUUCUACCCAGGUUGAUUGUGACGAAGCAGAAACCGUCAGACAGGCAAUUGUCGAUGGAAGAGCACCAAAUGGAGUUUAUAUUGGAGGAACAAAGUAUAAACUCGCUGAAGUUAAACGCGAGUUCACGUUCAACGAUCAGAACUAUGACGUCGCCAUUUUGGGUAGAAACAAAGGCGGUGGUUUUCUGAUUAAAACCCCAAAUGAAAAUGUGGUUAUUGCUCUGUAUGAUGAGGAGAAGGAACAGAACAAAGCCGAUGCUCUGACAACGGCGCUGAACUUUGCGGAAUAUCUGUUCCAAGGCGGCUUCUAA